AUGUUUGCUUUACACAAUAAAUGCCUUGAAAUUGCAGAAUUACUUUUAUCAUCUGGUGCAGAUAUAAAUGCUGUACAGGAGAAUGGAUACUCUGCUCUCCAUCUUGCAGUUGGUGUGAAUGAUUUGGAUACAAUAAAAUUCCUUGUUUAUCACCAUGCAAAUAUAAAUUUAAGAGAUUAUGACGGUCUAACAGCUUAUUUUCAUGCAUGUGAUCUUGGGUACAAUGAUAUAAAAUUAUUUUUUGAACAAAAUGGUGCAAUGUAG